GUUCAAACGUGUGCGCUUCUUUUGACGCAUUUACACAAUCAGAAAACACGCAACAUUAUAUCAGGCGGCAGAAAUGAGCUGUUCAAAGUGUAUUUGUGUCGCUUAUUCGGAUUGAUGCUCAGUCAAUGCAUUGAUAAGUGUCACAUCCGAAUUAGUGAGCUGCAAAACGAAUUAAAGUAGGAUAUAUUUGAGCUGGACUAUAAAAAUGAUAACUAUUGUAGGUGAUCUGCUACAAACGUAUGCUAUUUACAAGAAACAUGUCGGUGGCUAAACUGCCUAAUGUGGAUUUACAAAUAAGAUAUGGUAAUUAUCAAUUGGUUAUUAUUAUUACUACAUCGUUGUGGUUGUUGUUGUUUUUGUUGUGUCGUAAAGAAGGGCCACAGUAUUCACAAAUCAAGCGCUCCCCUGUUUCUUCUUCACCGGGAAGCCUAUCAAGUUUGUGUGAAGUUGUGAAAAGUUGUCAACCUAAAAAGGAGCUGGAGAAACUCCUCCCGUCUUGAAAAUAUGAACAACCCGCAGCCAGAUGAAAUGGCCGCUAUGGAGAGCGGGGGAGACUUCAACCAAAAGAGAAACACAACUCUACAAGACUCCCAGCCAUCUUCUCUUGCUCUGUUGGCUGCCACCUGCAGUAGGAUGGACACCCCUGGGGAGGGCGAUUCUCCUUCAGAUCAACAGUCCAACCAGCAGCUGGACUUGGGCCACGGGGUCAUGACGUCCAACGGCUGGCAGGUCAUCCCCGUCAGCCUCCAGGCGUCCUCCAGCGGCUCCACCGUUUCCACCGACUCCUUAGCCAACUCACUAAAGAACAGGCAGGUGAUCUCGACGCCCACGGUGGGGGUCCAGGGACAGCAGCAGUAUGUGGUGGCCCAGGCGCCGACGAUGCAGGGCCAGCAGGUGCUCACCACUCUGUCCAGCGUCAUGCCCAACAUCCAGUACCAGGUCAUCCCCCAGUUCCAGACUGUGGAUGGCCAGCAGUUGCAGUUUGCCCAGGCCCAGCAGGAUCCCAAUUUGGGAGGAGGGCAGCAGUUCCAGCUUGUGUCGACUGCUAAUGGCCAGCAGAUCAUAACGACCACCAACAGAGCCGGCGGAGGAGGCAACAUCCUCACCAUGCCCGGUCUCCUACAGGGCGCCAUCCCCAUCCAAAACCUAGGCUUAGGUGGGGGCCUAUUGCAAAACCAGCCUCAGUUCCAGUUGGCUAACAUGCCCAUGUCCCUCAAUGGAAAUAUCACUCUGCUGCCCGUCAGCACCGGAGCAGGUGGUGCGGAUGGCGGCGGGGAUGCAGGCAUUAAUCAGCUGCUGCAGCAACACCAAGCCGUGUCCACCAACGGCGGCACAGGAUACCUCUCGGGCACGACCACCGUGACCACGCAGACCGCCAAUUCCUAUGGCAUGGCCCAGGUACAGAACAGCAACGGAGUGGUGUCGUCGUUUCAGCACAAUGCGGCGUCGAUGGGUGUCCAGCCGGACAACAGAGACGGACAGCAACAGCCUCAGCAGAUCCUCAUCCAGCCCCAGCAGCUCAUCCAGGGCGGGAAUUCGCUCCAGACCAUCCAAGCCAGCGCCGUCGGGGGACAGGUGUUCGCCACUCAGGACGGUCUUCAGAAUGUGCAGAUCAUGCCCAACACGGGCCCCAUCUUCCUGCGCACCGUGGGCGCCAACGGCCAGGUGAGCUGGCAGACCAUCCAGCUGCAGAGCCCGAUGGGGGGGCAGAUCACGCUGGCCCCGGUGCAGUCCCAGGGAGCCACGGUCAACACGGUGCAGAUCCCCGGCCUGCAGACCAUCAACCUCAACACGCUCGGCAGCUCAGGGCUGCAGAUGCACCAGCUGCAGGGACUUCCCAUCACCAUCGCCAACCCAUCAGGCGAUAAUGCGCAGACGGGGGGAGAGAGUCUGGACGACAGCACCGCCAUGGACGAGGAAGACGUCAGCCCAACCCCUCAAGGAAGACGCAACCGCAGGGAGGCGUGCACCUGUCCUUUCUGCAAAGACGGGGAGGGCCGCAACGACCCCACCAAGAAGAAACAGCACAUCUGCCACAUCCCGGGCUGCAACAAGAUCUACGGCAAGACGUCCCACCUCAGAGCCCACCUGCGCUGGCACACGGGGGAGCGGCCGUUCAUUUGCGGCUGGUCCUUCUGUGGCAAGCGCUUCACACGCUCCGACGAGCUCCAGCGCCACAAGAGAACGCACACAGGUGAGAAGAAGUUCCUUUGCACAGAGUGUCCGAAGCGCUUUAUGCGCAGCGAUCACCUCUCCAAGCACAUCAAGACCCACAUCAACAAGAAGGCGGCGUCGGCAGCCACUGGCACCGCGGUCUCGGUCGACGGCGGUUCGCCGGCAGCCGGCUCAGAGGCCGGUGCCGACGCGGUGUCGGGCAACGAGCAGCACACCCUCGUCACCAUGGAAACCCUGUCGGCCGAGAGCAUAGCGCGUUUGGCCAGCAGCGGCGUCAGCGUGCUGCAGGUGGACCUUCACCAGAUGAACGGCACCAGCUUCUGAGAGGAGCGGGAAGAGGAGACGUUGGUUGGGGCUCCAGAGAGGAUCUGACUUGAGGCUCACAUCGGAGGGGCUUCAGGGCGAAAGAGGACGGGGUUGUGAAUCCACACCGCAAAAUGGACCCUGUUUCUCUUGGCGCUAAGGCGGGAAGAGCGGACGGUCACUAUUUUAAGUAUCUAUGGCAUUUAUCAGGUCUGGGUGAGUAGAGUGGAGGGGUUCGUCAUUGUUGGCUUUAAUGACAUUGUUCUCUUUUAAAGUCAAACUAUCGUUGUCAUAAAGGGAAAUGGCACUACAAAGCCCAUGCAACAGCCAAAUUCACUUCUUUAGAGAUUGCAAUAAAACAUACACAUUUGAUGUAUUCAGAAGGUAUCAUGCGACCAGCCUUUACAGCCUUGUUUGCGAAAAGGUAACACUAUGGUUCUAUGUCAGGCUUAACAUGUUUAGACUUUGAGGCCUUUUCAGCGACCCAUUGAUCUCAGGUGUUUUCUAGUCGGUGACCGACCCACAGCUUGUGUAAAAUAAUCUACCUAGGGAAUGACUUGUUGGAGCCAUAAUUUAAGCAAUAUUUGGUUGUCAGGGUUCGCCAAUUGCCUAGAGUCAUGCUUAAAAAUUACAACCUGUACAACACAUUGGAUGAUGAUCAAUGAAUUGAGGAUUUGUGUGAGCAUUUAGGAAUACUGAAAUCCUUGAGACCCUGUGGUACACUUAAAGCCAUCAUUCUUUGAUAUGUCCAUGGCAAUUGCAACCAUUUUUUGUGUAUUGUAUUUUCAAAUAAUAUAAAGGCCUCUUGACUUGGAGAGGAUCACAUUUAGUUGCAAGAGAUUCUUUAUGAGCCUACCAUACAAUCUUAUGUUACUGUUGCAUUACAAUUCUAGAUUUUGUUUUGGAACUCCUAGGCCUUCUAUUAUGCGAACAUGUUCUUUAUUCUAUAAAGUAUAUAUCUUCCAAGUACAUUCAGUUUGUUCUGAAGCGUCGUUAUCACCUUGGUUCUGGACUAGGCUGAAGGUAUGACAAGUCAUACCCCACCCCCCUCCUCCUUCCCCUGAAAAGUUGUUUAGUUUAAUCUCAAUUUGAGGAUUUGUGUCCAAUGUCAUCCAGAUGGUGUAACUAAGCUCAAACCAAAGGUUCAUCUUAUUUGUCCACGAGAGGAAUUAAUUAUGUUGUUUCCUUGGUUUGUGAGGGUUUGAAACAAUGUUGGCUCUUAUAAAUGCAGACUCGGAACUGGAAAGCUCAGCAUUAGGCGGAUGCACAUUUUCUUGUCAAAUUUGAUUCAGGGGUCUAGGGUGAUUUUACUCAAUGUUUAAUUGAAUACUUUGUCAAAUGUAAUUAUAAUUUGUAACCUCAAACUCUUUUUACUAAGUUGAUGGAAAAGUGCCCUUAUGCAUCAUGUUUUGUUUUAAUGGGGGAGGGUUUUUAUAUUGUGUAUACUUCUACAAAUGCCAACCGCUGGAUUAAAAUUAUGACUUAAGUCA